CGAUACCGACAAGUGAUUGGUGGAUGGAUUUGCUAGUCGGCGGUAUCCACUCCGGUUGAGUUAUUGAUUAUCGUUAACUAUGUAUACCUACGCAUGAAAUGAUGGAACAACUAAAGGACUGGGAGUACGUCAAGCAGGGCAUCGCGUUGUGGCUCAACAACAUGCCAAAGGCAGCAGAGGAGAGCUUCAAGAAUCGACCGUCCAGUGUGCAUAUCGAUGCAGGUCACACAUUCAUUUGUUUCAUGAAUGCCGUGAUAUCGUGGGAAACGGAAAAGAUGAACGAAGCACAGUCGCGUCUUCGGGAGUUGGAAAAGCAGUGCGCCGGUGAUGUUGGAUGGCUCAAAUCGGUCCGUUCGAAACUGUUUGGUCAUUGUGAGAGCCGCAAAUCUUUAACCGAAACGCUCGAGGAGCAGAUCAUUCUGGCCGACAGUCAGCUGUGCUUGGCCAUACUGGUGUCGCUGAGCCAAGAUAUAAGCGGAUUUAUGAAGGGCGGCUGGUUACUGCGAAAGGCCUUUAAAGUCUAUCAACAUACGUAUCAGCAGAUUUACCAACUGUACAUUGGCACUUUGGAAACCGACGAGGAUGCUGCCGGCCCGCAAGCUCCAUUGUUUCAAAGGCACACCGCAGAUGGGACACUGGCAGAACCGCUCGAUUUAGGGACUCCUUCCUCCACCGCAUGGACGGUACCGAACUCGAACCUCCAGACACCCGAAGGUGAAUGGUCUCCAAUCCAGUUGGAAGCAUUACGCAAAUCACAAACUACAACAUUUGAGUCAAUGCGGGACGUUCGCCAUCCACCGGGCGAAUCGGCCCGUGGAAGUGGUGUGAGCUUGGAAAAAAGUUUCACCGCUGAUUUAAUUGGACUUCGUGGCAAUGUGUGUUCCAGCAUCGAGUCCCUCGAAACUAACGAUUCUUCCACAAUGUCGUGCCGUGUACCGAGAAACCAUAUGUCACUUGAUUUGAACUUACGGAAGGCUGGUAAAAAGAAUGGUAUCAACAACCCCAGCGGAUUAGAAAUGUCCGUAAAACAUGAUCCUACUGAAAGACACAUCGAACCACACGAAAUCCAAAGGUUGAUGGGGGCCGUGAGUUUUGGAUAUGGAAUAUUCCAGCUAAGCAUUUCGUUGCUACCUCCGAGCCUUUUGAAGCUGAUCAGUUUCCUCGGCUUCGAAGGUGAUCGGGCGAUGGGGAUCGCAUGUUUGAGAUUUUCACGACAAAGUAUUGACAUGCGUGCCCCGCUGGCCACGCUGGGACUGCUUUGGUACUAUACCAUCGUGACGCCAUUCUUUGCCCUCGAUGGUUCCGAUUUGAGCAGCGAGAUUAGUGCCGCCCAAGAGCUGAUCGAUGAAGCGAGUGAUCAGUUUGCAAAAUCGUCUCUGUUUCUCUUCUUUCGUGGACGUGUCGAGCGAUUGAAGUGCAAUAUCCAGGAUGCAAUAAGAGCCUAUGAGUUUGCCUAUCGUUCAUCAGCGCAGCGUGAAAUAAAGCUACUGUGUCUGCAUGAAAUCGGCUGGUGUCGGUUAAUCCAACUGGAUUACGGGACUGCGAUGAAGAAUUUUAAAGAACUUAAGACAUGUAGUCAGUUUUCGAAGAGUUUUUAUUCAUAUUUGACAGCAAUCUGUGAAGGUGCCUUCGGGAAUUUCUCGAAUCUCGUCCGGUGGCGUGCGGAUAUACUGGAAUUGAUAAACCGAUCCUCCCAGAAGGACUCUCAAAUCGAGAAGUACAUUUUUCGCCGUUGCUUGAAAUUGCCGCGAGCGGAAAGUGGCGAACCGCCAAAGUACAAUAGCUCGCUGUAUUGGAAGUAUCUCGUAUUCGAGAUGCUAUUCCUCUGGAACGCCUUGAACACUUGCAACGUCGAGCAGUUGGAGAGUAUGGUUGCCGAUUGUUCACAGCCAGUGGAUGCCUUUAGCGAACCGAUGCUAGGCAUUUCGCGCCUAAUUCUUGGAGCCUGUCUGUGCUGCCUUACGCGAUACAAUGAAGCGAUUGAAGCGUUCCGGGAGUGUAUCGCUCUGCGCGAAGCAUCUUCCGACCACCAACAGCAGGACGUACAUGUUUCGGCAUUUGCUUACUACGAGCUGGCCGUACUGUUACUUCGUCAACAGCAACACGAGAAGGACAGGGUAGAAGCGCGCAGGCUGCUUGUGUAUGCUCAACAUACCUUCAAGAACUACGACUUUGAUAAUCGUAUCAGCGUUCGUAUCCAUUCGGUGUUGAAACGAUUGGAAUAGGUUUCGUUAACGAAAGCUGAUAGAGAGAAAAGCUUGUCGCGCUUCGCAAAGAGUUAAAACGGGACGUUAAAUAAGUCAUAAGAAUUGUUACGCUAGUGCCUUACUCAUGAACGAUAGCUUAGAAACCAAACAAUAGCAUAACACGUUUUAUAAUCUUUGAAAAAACUUAUAUUUUUUGUAACAAGCCAGAGGUGUUUGAUUCCAGCACUUUAAAUCAGGAGCAAUAAAAGCACCUCAUUCCUCCCAAGGCUACAAAAGGCUGUAGCUUUAACUCGUAUUAAUCAAUUGCAAGCAGUUAGAACCCAAGCGCAAACGAAAGAGAUGAGAAGUUUUAACCAAAGCUGAAGAAGAGAUAGGAAGGUAUUAGGAGAGGUACGUAAAAAGCUGAGGAAAGUUUGGUAUCAAUAAACAAAUACACAAAAGUUCAACAAUCGCCAAGAGACGUCAACUGAAAACAAUAAAUUUCUAUUUAAACAAGA